AGCGACUCGGGUGUACGCGAUUCGCGUGUACGCGGUUCCGCGCUCACUGGCUCAGAGCUAGCGCGCUUCGAAGGCCGUCAACACCGCCCGGAAUCGCCGGGUGCCGGUGGCGGUGUCACUUCUCGGACGGGGAGUGCGCGUGGCAGCAGGCCGCGAGUCGAGCGAGCAGCCAUGAGCGGCUACGUCGGUGAUCUCUCGGCCGCGCAGCAAGCCGCACUUGAUCGGUUCCGGAAAAGGGUGUCCGAUGUCACCAAGCCGGAGCACACGGACCACUUCCUGCUCAGGUGGCUGCGAGCGCGGGAGUUCGAUGAAGUCAAGGCGGAGCACAUGCUUCGAGAGAGCAUGGCCUGGAGGCAGAAAGUGGGCGCCGAUACCAUCCUCACCGAUUACCAGCCCUCUGAGCUCUUCCUGAAGCUCUUCCCAGGCGGCUUCCUGGAAUGCUCGCCAGAGGGACAUGCCUGUUACCUCCUGCCUAUUGGAAGCAUCGACAUCAAAGGCUUUCUGGAGUUGGUCCCGGCGGACGACAUCAAGCGACACGCCCUGUACUUACUCGAGAGUAUCAUGGAUCGCCUCAAGCGCGCUUCGACGCAGAAUAACAAGGUGAUCGAGACCGUCUUCUUCAUCGCCGACUUUGAGAACUUCACGAUGCGGCAGAUUUACUCGUGGCAAGUCGUCAACUUGCUGACGGACAUGCUCAAAGCCUACGAGGACAACUAUCCGGAGAUCCUCGAAAAAGCUUACGUCAUCAACGCGCCACGCUUCUUCCCGCUACUCUGGAAGUUCAUUCGACCGUUCCUGACACAGCGCACGGUGGAAAAGGUGGCCAUCUAUGGCACAGACGACUGGAAGAAGGGCCUGAUGGAGCGGUUCGAUCCUGACUUCAUGCCACAGCACUGGGGCGGGAACAUGGUGGGACCGGACGGAGAUCCUCGAUGUCCUCAUAUAAUUUGCCCUGGCGGUGAUGUUCCAGCCUCGUUCAGGGAAGAACUGGCCAAGCGAAGGUUAUCCCGCGAGGCGGGCGUGUCAGUGCAGCGCAUCGAGCGUCGCUCCCGAUGGGAGUUGCCUAUGCGCGUGGCGCGGCCCGGCGAGCAGCUGUCCUGGAGCUUCCAGACGGCCACGGGGGACCUGUCCUUCGGCAUACGCUAUGAGCCUCCGUUAGGGGGCAGAUCGGGCAGCGAGUACCUGAUCGAGCAGCAGCGGUUGCCCUCCUGCUGUCUUGUGCCCGAACGGGGACGCCUCGUCUGUGAUAAACCCGGAACAUACGUCCUGGAGUUCGACAACUCUUACAGUUGGGUCAACAGCAAGACCUUGGCCUACAUCGUCGACCUCCUACCUCCAGAAGACGAGAAAGAAAAUAAUUCGGCCCUUGUUCCUGGCGCAAUAUUUCUCUCUUGCGUCACGUACAAGCCAGUCCAGCACCCACAGCUGUUCGAGAAAGUUAUCGAGACCAAUCCAUCCUACAGAGUGGACGCGGCGUCGGGCACGUCACGACUAGCCUGCGACGUGAACGCUUCGAGUAACUCCGUGACGUCAUCCAUCGAGUGCUUCAAACCUGGAAUGGUUCCCGGGCUCGGGACAAAGAUGUGCGUCUGCCGGGACGGCUGGCACGGCGCCGACUGCGCCGUCCCCAGCGCUGUCUGGUCGACGCCGGCGUUCCGCAAGUGGUACUCGGAGGGUCUCGUAAGGCGUCGGUCACGGCCGCGUGCGGUCUUCAACGGCAUCACUUUGAACCACGAGCUCGACCUGCUCGAGAUACACGUGGCCGAGCUGGGCGACGUGGUAGACCGCUACGUGGUCGUCGAGUCCAAUAUUACCUUCUUCGGCGCGGCCAAGCCGUUGUACCUGCAAUCGAACCUGAGGUUUGGCGGCUACCUGGGUGAACACGCCCGCAAGAUCGUGCCGCUGACGUUGGGACCGUUCGAGUGCGACCGCCGCGAUCCGUUUUGUCCCGAGUAUCGCUCCCGCAACUUCACCUGGCACGAGGGCCAGCGGCGGCUCGGAAAUGUCGCGGACGAUGACCUGUUCUUGUUGACCGACGUCGACGAGCUACCGAACCGUGACGUCGUGCUCUUCCUGAAGUACCACGACGGCUACGGAGAACCGAUCGGCCUGACUCUGCGCUCGUUCCUCUACGGCUUCUUCUGGGAGCACAGGAGGGCUACGCGCGUGUUCGCCGCGUGCACCGUCGCUUUCUUGCGCACCGUCUACACGAACAACGUCGGGAAGCUACGUCAAGGCAGACGUGCCACAGCCGAGACGAUGGCUACAGGCACUGGGACGGUGGCCGAGGCGUGGAUGGUCGAAGGAGCGCGGCCGCGCUUCGCCGGCUGGCACUCCCGGAAGUUUGACCUGGACGAUGCCAAGAAAAUGCUGCGCGAGCACAUCGCUUGGCGGAAGAAGUACCAAGUGGACACUUUUCUGGAGGACUACGAAGUCCCUGAACUUUUUCGGAAGUACUGCCCAGGCGGCUUCGUAGAGUGCGCGCCUGGUGGUCAGCCUAUGUACAUCGCACACACUGGAAACACGGACAUCAAAGGUUUGCUCGAGGCAGCAACGCGCAGCGACUUUAUACGUCACCUCAUUUACAUACUUGAGACGCAAGAGGAGCUGAAGAGACAAAUUUCACUGCAGAACGGGGGCCGCCGUGUAGAGACAAUGUACGUUGUGGCAGACAUGGAAGGGUUCUCCUUCUGGCAACUUUCAUCGAUUGAAGUGGUGUCUACGAUCACUGAAGCCGUGCGGUUAUACGAGGCCAACUACCCGGAGAUUCUCGAAAGCGCCUACGUCAUCAACGCCCCGAGCUUGUUUCCCAUGCUGUGGAACAUCAUCAAGCCAUUGCUGUCUCAGAGGACUAUAAGCAAGGUUAACAUCUUCGGAAAGGACGGUUGGCAAGAUGUACUGGCCGCUCGUUUCGACGUGGAGCGUCUUCCCGCUCACUGGGGCGGCCGGCUGAGGGGACCCGACGGCGAUGGACGCUGCCCGAAUCUGAUCUGUCCAGGAGGCCCCGUUCCAGAGGAGUACCGAAGAAAAUGGUGUGGAACUGAAGGUACUCGGUCAUGUACCAUUGGAGCCGGAUGCUGCUGGUCACUGCCGGUUUCCGUGGAUCACGCUGGAUCCGAGCUGCGAUGGAAGUUCAGCACGGCGUCUGGCGACUUGGCGUUCUCUGUGCGGUUCCGGCCUCUCGGGAGUGCCGGGGAUGGAGAGGAGACACGUGACUUGGUGGCAGCCAAGAGGCUUCCCUCCUCCACUCGUGAGCCCCACAGCGGCAGCCUCUGUUGUAUCGAACCCGGGACUUAUGAACUCGUCUUCGACAAUUCCUUCAGCUGGCUGACUCGCAAGGAACUCAGCUACAGCGUGGAACUACUUCCUCCAGAAUCGCAGCGAAACGAGCCAGAGGACACCGUGAGAGAAGUCACGGAAUUCGCCAAAUGCCAAGAUUCUCAGCAGACUACGCGAUUGGUCACGCAGUUCCGCGAUGCAGUGUCAGACAUCAAGAGACCCUCGGACACGGACGCCUCCCUGCUCCGCUGGUUACGGGCGUUCCUUGCGGCGUUGACGCCUGAGGUCGUACAACGUCACUGCGUCUACCAGCUGGAGUACCUGGAGUCAUUGAAGAGAUCGUCGUCAAAAGAGACAGGUCAUGAAGUAGAGACACAUUACAUGGUGGUCGACUUCGAGAAUUUUAGCAUACGCAACGUCUACAGCUGGCAGGCGGACGGCUGGAGGGAGGUUCUGCUGAGCAUCGUAGACGCUGCAUCUCUGCCGGCCCACUGGGGCGGGAGCAUGGUGGGGCCGGGCAACGACCCGCGAUGCAGACACAAGGUGAAUUACGGUGGCCGGUUUGAGGAAGGUUUGGAACGAGGUGGAUCUCUGUUCGCAGAAGCUGGAGUCGAAAAGCGCACUAUCAGUCGCCGUGACCGGUGGGAACUGCACGUGCGCGUAACGGAGGCGGGCGCGCGAAUCUGCUGGCGCUACCAGGUGGUCGGAGGAGACCUGGCAUUUGGAUUGCGUUUACUCACGGGAGAUCCUUUGCUACCCCUCCGGCACGUCGAGGCUUGCAGUCAAGCACCCCAGGAAGGAAGCUGGUGCUGCGAUGCACCUGGAACAUAUGUGCUAGAGUUCGACAACACCCACAGCUGGUUCACCAGCAAGACUUUGGCCUACGAGGACCUCCAGUGGCGCAAAGAUAACGGUGUCGACGACUUGCUUCACAGCUACAAGAUACCUGAUGAAAUAAAGGAGAACUUUCCCGGCGUUGUCAUCCACCCGUGCAAGGACCGGCGCCCUAUUUGGAUAAUUCCGUCAUGCGUCGAUAUCAAAUCACUAGUGGCAGCUAUAUCACCAGCCGUGGUGCUGCGCCACAUCGUGUACAUGCUGGAGUACUUGGAGUCACUGAAGAGAUCCUCCUCGCAAGAGAUGGACAAAGAAUUGGAGUCCCAGUACCUGGUGCUAGAUUUCGACAGGUUUAGCCUGCUUCAGGUGUACAGCUUGCAAGCUAUGAAGAUUGUCACUGACAUGCUGAAGACGAUAGAAGAACACUACCCUGAGUGUUUGGAAAAGUGCAUACCAAUCAACGCGCCGUACUUCUUCCCAAUAUUCUGGCAACUGGUUCGGCCAUUCCUGAGCCAAAGGACAGUGGAAAAGGUGGAAGUGUAUGGCAGGGAAGGAUGGAAGGAGCGGCUCCUUAGCAUCGUCGAUGCCGGUUCCCUUCCCGCCAUCUGGGGAGGAAACAUGACAGGGACUGACGGAGAUCCACGGUGCAGACAUAAGGUUAACUAUGGCGGACGGUUCGAGGAAGGCUUCGAUCGCGAGGCACAUUCUCUUUUCUGCGAGGACGGUGUCCAGCGACAGAUCAUCGGUCGCCGUGAUAGGUGGGAACUUCCGGUCAGGGUGUCCAAGGUGGGCGCUCUCCUCAGCUGGCGCUUCCAGACGGCAGCUGGGGACUUAGCCUUCGGGCUGCGCAUGAACGACGGAAAGUCCCUUGUGCCACUGGAACGCAUCGAGGCAUGCAGCUAUAUCCCUCAAGAAGGCAGCUGGCAGUGCGAUGCACCGGGAACGUACGUGCUCGAGUUCGACAACACCCACAGCUGGCUGAGCAGCAAGACACUGGCCUACAUGGUGGACAUACGCGCACCUGAAGAGACCUCUUGACAGCCUGACGCACUCUAAGAGACAACAGAGUAGAGACGUGCUCGAGUUCGACAACACCCACAGCUGGCUGAGCGGCAAGAGACUAACCUACAUGGUGGACUUGAAGAUAAUAUACCUUGACAGACUAAUGCACGGAAGCAUAUGGGAGAAGUGGUUUAGCCACGCUGAUCAUACGUGACAAUACGAGCACAGCGCGAAAAACGGGGACACAGGCAGAGCGACACACAUUGCGACACAGGUGUGUGACUAUCUGCCUGUAUGCUCACCGUUCUGGCUGCUCUAGUUUUGGUACAACUGUGUAGAGGCGGUCGGCAUUGAGUAAA